GCGAUGCGCAGAUGUUUCAAAUCGCGCAAUGACUCAUGCGAGUGAGACAGUGUUCGUCGAAGUCGACCAGCCAAAUGCUCUCACAUCUCGCUUUGUUUCCUUCAACUUGCGCUGCUUUCCUCGUGAUGAGGAGGAGGAUAGGGCAGCUGAUUACUUUGCAAUGCUCGUCUUCAAUUUUCCACAACACGCCAAAACCGAAAGCAAUCAACGAUCAACUAGCGCCUCAACGCGACCUGCGAGUCGAUCGGUAGAUGGAGCAUCAGAUCUCACGGACAUGGCGUAGCUUAGAACGACUCAUGCACCUUGCGUCCAGCGCGACGGGGCUUUUGGACCGCUGCACCAGCUGCGCUGCCACUCGACGCGGUGCUUGCAAUCACGGGUUCGUGACUGCAUCUGUGCGUAGGGGUAUCACUGCUACUCAAGACUCUACCAAAGCAAAGGCGCCUGACGUCACUCAAGACUGCAUGGCGCCAAAAUCCCUACAAGCGUUUGUUUCUCUGCCUCGAAAGCUGACGAUCACGAUGGCUCUGACGGGCAACGACAGUCGCGAGUACACGCAUUUUGCCAGCCUGCCCCAUUGCCAAGGAUGGUGUAAUAGAAUUUUCACAUUCCUGACUCGAAGUUGCUAGAGCUGGGAGGCGGCCAUUCCACGCCCGUUUUGCAAUGUGUUUGCACAUUGUGCAGUACGGGCUGCUGAGAGUCACUGCGCGGCGCUCAAAGUCCUUCAACGUCUG